AGAGAAAAUAUCUGUUGUCCUGUCUGCUGCUAGCCAUGGGCCCAACCAAUUAUGAAAGUAGAAAAUGGCCACAAAUGAAAAGAACUUAUCUCUGAAUUUCAGUCCUCGAGUCCCCCAAUCCCAAAGCCUGGUUAGUUCAAACACAUGCUUGAUGCUAGCCAUUGAUAUAAGCACCCAGCCAUGGCUUCUUCCCAAUCUCUGUUCAUGUUCAGGCAAAGCAAAGCUGCUCCGGAGACGAGCUUCAAAAACCAUUGUCAAUCUGAAAGAAAAUGGCCAAACAAACCAAGAAUGCACAACAGCCGCAGGCAAUAUCAGACGCCAGGUUCUUACCCCACAAGAAAGAAUUAAGCUUAAUGCUUACCCGGAUCGAGAAUUCUAUGCUUUUCCACGCUUCGUUACUCAUGUUGAUGAUGGCUUCAUCUCAACAUUAACCAAUUUGUAUCGGGAAAGGCUGCAACCGGGUAGUGAAGUCCUUGACUUGAUGAGCUCUUGGGUUAGCCAUCUCCCAAAAGAAGUUAAGUAUAAAAGAGUGGUUGGACAUGGCCUAAAUGCUCAGGAACUUGCCAGAAACUCCCAACUUGAUUACUUCUUUGUCAAGGAUCUUAAUGAAGAUCAGAAGCUAGAGUUGGAGAGUUGCAGUAUUGAUGCAGUUGUGUGCACUGUCAGUGUGCAGUACCUUCAACAGCCUGAGAAGGUGUUUGCUGAGGUGUUCAGGGUGCUGAAGCCAGGAGGAGUGUUCAUCAUCAGCUUUAGCAACAGAAUGUUCUAUGAGAAAGCUGUGAGUGCAUGGAGAGAUGGGUCUGCAUACAGUAGACUACAAUUAGUAGUCCAAUAUUUCCAAUGCAUUGAAGGAUUUACACAACCAGAAAUUAUUAGAAAGAUACCUGCUUCAACUGGCACUGCAGAAGAUAACUCACCAUUCAGUUGGAUUUUGAGGCUGCUGGGCUUGCUGUCAGGCUCAGACCCUUUCUAUGCAGUGUUAGCUCACAAAAAUUUCAAGCCUGUAUAUACAACUGAAAAUAUUUGAUCCUUCCCUUGGGAAAAUACAUAAACCACCGCAUCACUGUAUUUGUGCAAACAUCAGAAUAAUUUUUUUUAAGACUAUAAUUACAAAAUAAAUCUCUGUGAUGUUCACUCCA